AUGGAAAAAGCGAAAAAAGAUGUCGGACAGAAAUUCCGUCGCAUCAGGCACAACCUUGUCAACUCAAAUAAAAUAGAAGAUGAUGAUCUAAAGAUUGUGAGCGCUCUUGAACAUCGCAAUCAGAAGGUCAUCAAUGCGAUCUCAUUAUACCGGAAACAUGUAUCUAACACUGUUAAAACAGGUCUCCGAGAAGAAAACGUUGAUAAACGUCGGAAAAAGGUUGACGAGUUUGCGCUAUGUGUGGAUUUACGUGACAUUUCAACGGAUCUGGAGGCGUCUCAUACCACUUGCCUCCACCGGGUCAUCCUGAAGAUUAGCCAAGCGUUGCAGAUUAUUGUCGAUGAAAAGAUAAAACACGACAUGAUGAUCGAAAAACGAGUUCUUGACGAUUUGGUUCAAUUUCAAGAAAUGGAGAAAGCUUUAUGUAAAAGUAAAGAACGUUUGAGUAACGCAUUCACAGAUGUCGAUAUUGCUAAGAAGGCGCUGGAAAAAGCAGACAAUACCAGUAGUAAUAUUGCGCAACUUCAAGACACCCUUGACGCUGUUAAAUUGAAGCUCGAAAACCAAAAAGAUAGUACUAUCACUGACGUCUACUCAUUAGCUGCUAGAGAGCAGGAGAUUGCUAAGGCGAGUAUUUUCUUCCUAAAACUAAUUUGGAGUCUCGUACUUUGUGCUUCAAUGUUCUACUCAUUCCACCUUUUGCAGUGCCUUUAUGAUUGGUUUCAUGCUUGCGCACCUUUAUCUAAGGGAGUUAUAGCCUAG